AUGGGUGAAGAUAUUUAUAAUCAGCCAGUUUCUAAAACAAAAUCAAAAGUACUUUCCCAUCAGAGUAUUACUAUAGAAAAUGUUAAUAGGAUUGUAAAUAAUAAAAUCCAGACAUUACAACAAUCAACGUCAAAUCUAUUACAAGUAUCUUCUUCUAGUCAAAAAAAUAUCACUAAGGCUGAUUUACAAGAAGUCAUAGCUAAAUCCUUUCAAAAGACUAUGUCUCAAGCAAUAAGAUUCUAG